UUUGAGCCGCGUGCGGGAAAGCCCAGCGCUGAACCGUCACCAACCUUAUUGUUUGACUCUGUGUUUCGAAUACAUUGUGCAACUUUUCAUCCGGCCAAACCAUUGAAGAGAAGAACCCGGUAACGGAAGAUUGAACGGCCGCGACUUUUCUUUGCUAACACCGGAUGAACUCGUCUUGGUGACGCACGUCGAAGCUUCUCGGCCUAGUUAGCUUAGCUCGCUAGCCGCUAACAAAGAGACGCGCUUGUUUCGCAACACGUCGCAAAUUCGAGAGCGCAUGUGAAAGUGUCGUGGUUACCGUACAAAACAUGUGCGCGAGAACGACAGCAAAGGACGAGAAGGAACUUUGUGGACCGAAAGAGGAGGACGAGCCACGACGUCAACUUGUGGACGCUGUUCGCGAGCAGCCUCGUGUCGGUUUUCCAACAGCAGACAUCAGUGAAAAUCUUCAUCCUGAGCGGCAGCAGUCAGUGUCCACUCACAUCAAAGAGGAAGAGGAGGACGAAGAGGUGCAACACAUUAAAGAGGAAGAGCAAGAGGAAAUCAUCAAGGUUCCAUCGACUGGUGUCCCUUUGAAGGGUGAAGAUGGUCAAAGUGAGGAGAGACGAGGGGCGGAGCCCCAAAGCAGCAGCUCAAGUCAACAAAUGACAGAAGGUGAUGGAGACCGCUGUGGAGGAUCACAAGCAGACGGUGAUGAUGAGGAGGAUGAUGAGGAUGAUGAUGAUGAACAGUCGGAAGGUGAUAUGACAUGUCACACUGACAACAAACGCUGGAAAUGUUCUCAAUGUAUGAAAACUUUUGCUUCCAAGAGCUAUUUCAAACAACACAUGAACAUACACACUGGAGAGAAAAAAAUUGCCUGCUCAUUUUGUGGUCAAAGAUUCACUCAGAAAGGACACUUGAGAAAUCACACAAGAACACACACUGGUGAGAAACCUUUUGCUUGCUCGGUUUGUGGUCAAAGAUACUCUCAAAAGGGAAAUUUAAUCAUACACGCAAGAACACACACUGGUGAAAAACCUUUUGCGUGCUCAGUUUGUGGUCAAAGAUUCUCUGUGAAGGAAAGCUUGAAAUUACACACAAGAAGAACCCACACCGGUGAGAAACCUUUUUGCUGCUCAGUUUGUAGUCAAAGAUUCUCCGUGAGGGAAAGCUUAAAAUUACACACAAGAAAUCACACUGGUGACAAACCUUUUGCUUGCACGGUUUGUGGUCAAAGAUUCUCUCAAAAGGGAAACUUAACAAUACACACAAGAAGACACACUGGUGAGAAACCUUUUGCCUGUUCAGUUUGUGGUCAAAGAUUCUCUGUGAAGGAAAGCUUGAAAUUACACACGAGAACCCACACUGGCGAAAAACCUUUUUCCUGCUCGGUGUGCGGUCAAAGAUUCUCUAAGAAGGACAACGUAAAACUACACUCAAGAACCCACACUGGUGAGAAACCUCUUUCCUGCUCAGUUUGUGGCCAAAGAUUCUCUUAUAAGUAUCAGGUUAAGACACACAAGUGUGCUGUUGAGAAUAGCAGUGAUCAAGAAGCUUUUAAUGCAAAUGUCAAUGUCAAUGUUAAAAAAAAAAAGUAAUUCUGAUCUUGCUGACUUAUAAAAAUCUACAUUCGUGUAUUCCGUUGACCAACUUUUGUAUCUUCUUGUUGUCCAUAUAUUUUCAAAAAGGCUCCGGUGCAAAAAUACUUUAAAGGGACUACUUAAUUGUGAGAAGAUGGGCACAUAUUCCAUAGUGCUGGACUCAUAAAUGUCUGCAGAAAAAAAGCCCUCCAAAAUGGACUCGGGUCAUUUUAGAAUGGUUUUCUGAUGAAAUUUGUGUUUUCUUUUCUUUUCUUUUUUGGACAUGCCAGCCUGUCACAGCCUCACACAUAACGAGCGGGAGUCGUUUACAUUUUCUGCAGUAACGUCUGUCGGAAUGAGAGAGGCAAUUGGGAGUCGUGUUUCCCCCGCGUCGGCUUGCCUUGGGUGGGCCGCCCAAGUAAACCGACGAACCGUCCAAGAUGAAAGGCCUGAAAAGUAUGUAAUGUAAUGGAUGAAAGGAAAUGAAGUGUUGAUAAUACAAAAUAGGAUUAGGAUUGUUAAUCGGAUGCAUGUUGAGGAAAUUAUUACUAUAAUUAACUCCAAGUGUAUUUGUAAUAAUACAUACACCAGCUGGUGGAUAAAACGUUGCUCCAAGUUAAAUUCAACCAGUCGUGCACAUUUUAUAGCCAUGAGAUGGCGCUAGAGUGGCGGUCACUCAAGCGUCACCAUGCAGUCUUAGUUGUUUGCUUGCUCGAUGCUAAUUUGCAAACAUAUAUAACCUGUAACAGCUUAUUUCAUAUAUUUUUGGAUUUUGGUAACUGAAGUGAUAGAAACCCACAAUCAUCUGUGCCCAUACAAUGAUGUGUGUGAUAGUUGAUGAAGUGGUUAGGACCUUUUAUUGUCAAAAUGGGAAUGACAAUGAAAUGUUAGCUAUUUGAUGAAAGAUGUUGAUGAAGUAAGAUGCUUUAUGAGGUUGAUCAGAUGAGAGCGUUCCCAUGAGAACCGUUUACUUUAAAUAAAGACAAAAUGUAUGAAGUUGUCCUGAGAGGAACUGUUUAUCUCGACGUAACACAAGGCGAGCGUUUACUGGAAAUAGGAGACCAUUGACGAGAAGUCUCAACCCAUUUGGGGAAAGUGCCAUCAUAUGACUUGUCUCCAAAUGUUCCCAUAAGCCAUCUGAAGGGGGAUUUAAAGACCCCCUGGCAAGGCACACCUUUACUAUACAAGUUCAAAAACUGACCGGAUUGAGGCUCUUGCUCUUUCAAAGGUUAGCUAUUGAGGUCUCACUGCUUAAUCUCGUAUCUAUUUUUGUGUAAGACGCAGGAUGAUUAGAAAAGUAGCUUAAAAUACAAAUUGAAUAUUUUACUGAGAAUAAAAUAGGAGUUUAGCAUUGACGACAGCGCUUGAGCCCUCAAUCUCUCUCCUCUGUGCCAAUUCAUAAUUUUAAGAUUUUAGGAAUGUUCGAUCUGCUCAGUCAAAUAUUCUUUUUUUUUUUUUUUUUUUUUUUUCCCCCAUUUUAAUAGAAUUUUCUUUUCGUUUUGAUUGUACUUUGGAUUUCCACUCUUGGACAGUCUUCCUUUACCAUCUUUUGAAACUUUGAAUGUGACUGAAUGUUCUCCUUGAACUGAUGUUUUUGGACUGGUUUGGUUUUCAUCUCAACGGGCUGGCUUGGAACGCUUCAUCUCAUUUGUAAGUGAGUAGAUGUUUCACACCCAGUUCCUUUUUGUGAGUUUUAUUUUAAUUUGUAUUAUUUGUUCCUUUUUGGGAAUUUUAUUUUUACUUUGAUUAAUUGUAGCCUUGUCUUUGCUAAAUUCUGUUCAUUAAAAUAUCUUUUUCUGAGCAUAGAAAAAUGUCCCCUUUUUUUAAG